UCCACUCACUGACCUCCCAGGCUCCCACCACUCAGCUCCUCCUCACUUCACUCCUCCAAGCUCACGUCGCCAUCGCCAAUAACCACACACCACCGCCCUUUGCCUGCCUCCCGCUAAAAAGAAAAGAAAAAACCAAUCCAACGGGCACCAGCCCCUCGCGCCUCCCGAGGAUGGUCGCCGCCGCCGCAGCCCGCAGCAAGCGCUCCCACCACCGCCCUCCCGCCAACAAGCGUCCGAGUCCGCCACCGCCGCCGCCGCAGCUGACGACGCUCCUGGCGCAUCUCGCCUCGUCGGUCUCGCUCGCGCUGCGCUUCGCGUCGGACCGGGACCUUCUUCUCCGGCCGUCCCAGGCGCUCGCGCUCGACCCGCUCCUCCUGGCCGCGGCCCGGGCCGUGUCCCGCCUGCUCGCGCUGCUCCCGCUCCACCUCCAGACGCUCACGCUCACAUGCCUCUCCCUCUCCCCGCCGACCCCCUCGCCCCCGCCCUCGUCUUCCUCCUCCUGGUUCCUCCGCCUCUCCUCUUCCCCCUCCCUCCCGGACUCCGCAUGGCGCGACGCGUUCGGCAUGUCCAGGCCGGCUUUCUUCCACCUCCUCCACUCCCUCGCUCUCUCCGACCCCACAACCACAACCUUCUCCCCAUCCUCUUCCCUCCCAUUGCCGGCCGACCACAAGCUCGCGGCAGCCCUCUACCGCCUAGCCCACGGAGCCCCAUUACGGGCCGUGGCGCGCCGCUUCGGCCUCGCGACCCCCGCCAUGGCCGCCCGGGCCUUCUACGAGGUCAUCCGCGCCAUCGCCGACCGCCUCGCGACCCUUCUGGACCUGGCCGCGCCGGACCGCAUCUCGCGCGCCGUGCCGGGCUUCUGCGCGCUCUCCCUCCCCAACUGCUGCGGCGCGCUCGGCUACGCCCGCUUCGGCGCGGACGGCGCCGUGGCCGCGCAGGCGCUGGUGGACGCCGAGUGCCGCUUCCUCGACGUCUCCGCGGGGUGGGACCCGUCCAUGCCGGCCCCGGACAUCCUCCGGCGCAGCAAGCUCUACGCCUCCCAGUCGCGCGUCCUCGCCAACGCGCCCCACGGCGAGCUCAUCGGCGGCUCCGUGCCGCGCUACUUCCUCGGCCCCGCCUGCGUCCCGCUGCUCCCCUGGCUCGUGACGCCCUACAAGGAUGCCGCUGAUGGCAUGUCCAAGGAGAGCAUCUUUAACGGCGUGCACGCGCACGGGGCGCGGCUGGUGGAAAGGGCGUUCGGCCAUGUGCGCGCGCGGUGGAAGCUUCUCGGGGAGUCCUGGAAGGGCGAGUGCCAGGAGGCGCUGCCGUACGUCGUCGUCGCCGGCUGCCUGCUCCACAAUUUCCUCAUCAAGUGCGGCGAGCCGAUGCCCGACGCCGACGGGGUUCCGGCAGAAGCCGAUGUGUUUGUGGACUUUGAGGGGGAGAGGGACAGGGAAGGGGAGAGGAUCCGGGAUGUUCUUGCUGCACACUUGAGCUUGGUAAGCCGUAACCAGUGGCAGUGAGCUAACCUGUGUCUUUGUGUGUGCGUUCCACAGUUUUGCUGCCUAGUGUACAUAUUUAGUCUGUAUCUCUCAGCAUCACGUGGAAUGCCCCUUGUAUAACUGAUGCUAAGCUUCUAUGUAUAGGAGCUCCCUCUGUCAAUGCAAUACUCUUGUUGAUUUACUGACUA